CGGAAUCAGCUGUGUGUGAUGUCAUUUGUGGUUCAGACGUGAGUUAUACUAGCAAAGGAAUGUAGCGCUCAUGCGGAAGGGGAUCGUUGAGAAGGAGACUAAAAGUUCGAUAUGAGGAUUCUUCGUAUAAUGCAUUUUUAACAUGAAACUCUUUACAACCUUCCAAGUGAUUUUAUUGGCAAAUCUUGUAGUUGAAGCAUAUGCUUUUUUUGACGACUUUUUGUCGAUUGAGCUUGACAAAUGCAAACCCAGACUGAGACCAAAAGUUUGGCGCAGGCUUUGCCGCCAUGUGAGGACGUGCGAGAAUGAUAAGUUCUGUGGAAAAGGGGAGCAAUGUUUGUGUGAUGAAGACUGUGGACAAGUUUGCAAGGAUCUUGCAUUAUCAUCUUGUCCAACUGUAUCCACCUGCCAGAAUGGAGGAACAUGUACUGUAGUAAAUGGAACAGCAACUUGCAGCUGCACACCUCAGUGGACUGGGGCGAGAUGUGACCAGCCUGUUGAUCGUUGUGCUGAUAAACCCUGCAAAAAUGGAGGGACUUGUAUUCUAUUUCAUUAUUCGCCUUAUUAUAUAUGCUCAUGUGCUGGCGGGUGGAAGGGAGAAAACUGUACGGUCAAUCAUGAUGACUGCAGUCCAAACCCCUGCCAAAACAAUGGAACCUGUAUUGAUGGGAUUGGAAAGUACGAAUGUAGCUGUAAAACAGGAUUUACAGGUUUAACAUGCAGCUAUAGAGACAGUUGUCAAUCUGGACCCUGUGGCAUCCAUGCACGUUGUGAAGUGGAUGCCUACGGUCAAUAUUCUUGCAUUUGUCACAGUGGCUAUAACGGUACCAAUUGUGAUCAAGAUAUAAACGAAUGCUACCCAAACAAUGGCCCAUGCGGACAUGGGACAUGUGUGAACACAAAUGGCUCAUAUUACUGCAACUGUAAAGUUGGAUACACUGGGCGAAGAUGUGAAAUUUUAAUAAACGAGUGUAACUCGGCACCAUGCGUCCAUGGCACCUGUAUAGAUGACAUUGGAAAAUAUACUUGCUCCUGUAAGCCAGGAUACACUGGAGUAAAUUGUGAGAGUGAAGUCAACGAGUGCUUGUCAAGCCCGUGCAAGAAUGGCCAGUGUAUUGACAAAAUCAAUGGUUUCCAGUGUAAAUGUCAGUGGGGAUACACUGGUGCAACCUGCGACACAAAUAUAAACUACUGUGCCAUAAACCCCUGUCAAAACAAUGGCACGUGCAUUGAUGGACUUGAUCGAUAUACCUGUCGAUGUUUGCCAGGUUACACAGGGCUUGACUGUGAAAACGAAAUCAACGAGUGUGCGUCAAACCCUUGUGUCCAUGGCAGCUGUUUAGACCGUGUGAACGAAUACUUGUGUGUAUGCCCAAGUCAGUACACUGGUACUAACUGUAAUAUCGAUGUAAAAGAAUGUGACACGAACCCAUGUAAAAACGAUGCAAAUUGUAUCGAACUUAUCGGAGGUUAUAAUUGCAGCUGUAAACCUGGAUUUACAGGUGUCAACUGUGAGAUAAACAUCAACGAAUGUGCCUCCAAUCCGUGCUUACAAGGCUCAAGAUGCACAGAUGGUAUAAACAGUUUCGUUUGCGAAUGUAAACUUGGAUACACUGGCAAAAUUUGUGAAACACAGAUCAACGAAUGCCUGUCUAAUCCCUGCAUGAAUGGUGCAACGUGCUUUGACCGACUGGGAUUUUAUGACUGCACAUGCGCACCGGGCUACACUGGAAAGCGUUGUGAAACAAGAAACGAUAACUGCAUAUACAACCAGUGCCAAAACGGUGGAACUUGUCAAAGCAACCCGACAGGGUAUACUUGUACGUGCCCGUCAGGGUAUUCAGGGACAUUCUGCGAAAAUAAUAUCAACGAAUGCACGCCAAACCCCUGUGUGCAUGGCAACUGCACUGAUCUGGCCUAUGAUUAUCAUUGUAUUUGUAAAGAUGGCUAUACCGGCAAGAAUUGCACCAAAGAUGUGGACGAUUGCUAUAUAGGGGCUUGCUUCAAUAAUGGACAGUGCAUAGAUGGCAUCAACACGUUCCGGUGCAUCUGCCCUGUUGGUUACACUGGCAAGCAGUGUAGCAAGGAAAUAGAUGAAUGCAGUCUGAGACCCUGCCAGAAUGGUGGAAAAUGCCACGACAAAAUUGGCAGUUAUGUCUGUGAAUGUCCCUUCGGUUUCACGGGAACUAAUUGCGAAUCUUACGUUAACUGGUGCAGUCAGGGUAUAUGCCAGAAUGGAGCCACCUGCUCCCAAGUUGGUGCCAAUUUUUCAUGUAGCUGUAGCAAUGGAUGGACAGGAGCGAUUUGUGAUGUACCAAAAAUAUCUUGUGCUCAAGCACAAGCGAGAGGACUAGGCUGUCAUAAUGGCGGUACAUGUGUAAAUACCACUUAUGGGCAUUUCUGUAGGUGUGCGUCAGGAUAUACUGGAUCGCACUGCCAGAUUAACAUUAAUGAAUGUGCCUCCCAUCCAUGUUACCAUGGAGGGACAUGCAAAGAUCUGUUGAAUGGAUACUCAUGCACAUGUCGAAGUGGGUUCUCAGGGCCUAACUGCAACGUACGUAUCGACGAAUGCACUUCAAGGCCAUGCAUGAAUGGUGGUACGUGCGAAGAUGUUGUCAAUGGUUACAUAUGUAGAUGCCCAACAGGUUUUGAAGGGCCAAACUGUGAACGAAGACAUAAUUACUGUCAUAAAGGUGCAUGUUACAAUAAUGGAAUUUGCAUGUCUGGCACCAACUGGUACCGCUGCACAUGUCCUGUUGGAUAUACUGGUCCACGUUGUGAGACUGAUUUUAACGAAUGUCUACAAGGUCGUUGUUAUGAAUAUGGCACAAAGCAGUGUAUUAACACUCCAGGUAGUUAUGCCUGUAUUUGUAAAAGCGGUUUCGUUGGAGAAAACUGCGAAAUUAAUCAAGAUGACUGUUUGAGUGAACCUUGCUUGAACUCUGGAUAUUGUAUAGAUGGAAUAAACAAUUACACAUGCCACUGCCCCAGAGGUUACAGUGGAAGAAACUGCGAACGAGUUGUGCGCACCUGUAGUGACAACCCGUGCCAAAAUGCUGCCAAAUGCUCAAUGGUGGGCGACAAAUACAUGUGCCAUUGUAAGGUGGGGUUUGAAGGCACUCACUGCGAAUACAAUGAAGAUGCCUGCUUGUCCAGUCCCUGUGCUCAUGGCUCUUGCGUCGAUACAGCGGGUGGCUAUGAAUGCACAUGCAGACCCGGCUGGCGUGGGAAGAACUGCUCGGAAAGUCUCAACGAAUGCGCCUCGAAUCCAUGCUUAAACAACGGCAUAUGCUCUGUCUCUCUCAGAGGUUUUACAUGCAUGUGUAAAGCUGGAUUCACGGGAGAUCGAUGUGAAAAAGUAAAGGCUUCAAAUGGCACAUCCUGUCCCCACAGCGACUGUUCAACAAAGUUUGACGGUGGACAAUGCUUGGAGAAAUGUAACAACCAAGAGUGUCAGUGGGACGGAACGGACUGCACACUAAGCCGUGAUCCAUGGCUCAACUGCAGUGUUGUUGAUGUAGAAUGCUGGAAACACUUUGAUAAUGGCGUUUGUGAUAAAAAAUGUAACAAUUCCGGUUGCCUCUUCGAUGGUCACGACUGCUUCAGUAAUGUGGGCACUUGCAAGUAUCCAGUUUUUUGUGAAGCUACUUAUGGCAAUGGAAAAUGCGACGAAUAUUGCAACAACGAUGCCUGCGGUUAUGACAAUUUAGAAUGUGGAAGCAACAAGCAAAAAUUGCUACCUGGAAUUUUGAAAGUGGUGAUAAGUGCUUCUGAGGAGGAGGUGCGGCGCCUGGCAAGACUAUUUGUUCGUAACCUAAGCAUCAAACUGCGCACCCAUGUGUAUAUCCUCAAGGAUGAAAACAACAGGGACAGGAUUCGUGCCUUAACUAACGAUGUAACUUCGGCCAGAAAGCGCCGAGACGCCUCUUUGUUUGCUUUGAUAUCACACUCCAGGGUUAAAAGGCAGGCAGGCAAAAACAGAACGGAGAUACUGCUGGGUGUUGACAACCAAAAGUGUACGCAAGGAUGCUUUACUGAUGUAGACCUUAUCGCCAACUACAUUGGAGCAUUACAAUCGAAAGGAAAGUUGGAUUCGAACCUUCCAAUUUAUUCUGUCACAGGGGACAAGGCUAAAGUUGAAAAGGAACGAACUAAGGAGCCUCUGGCCCCACUCUGGAUCUUGCUUAUUUGCAUAAGUGUUCCAUUGCUGGCAUUUUCUGUCCUUGUUGGUGCUAAGAAGUGUUCCAGUCGUCUGUGGGUGCCACGUGGAUUUGUUCUUUCAAGUGGAUUGGAUCAGGGAAACCUGCCAAGCACAGACAGAUCCGAUCCAGUUGGCCAGGAAUAUAGCUUGAAGUCGUUGAAACCAGGUGAUCGUUCUUCUGCCGAGUCCAUAGCAUCAGCUGCUUGCUCUUGGAAUACACCUCCCAGUCCGUCGAGCAGCAUUCACGAUCAGAAACUGGUAUGCUUAGAACCGUCACUUGAAGGAUGUAAACAAAUCCACGACGACAGAACUUGGACAAGCCUACACAGAGAGGCGGCAGAUUCACGCCACUUGGGACUUACGCCACCGCAGGGCUCGUUUGCAUCUUCUGGUCGCUACCCAGAUAUCAAUGUGAGAGGACCUGGGGGUUUGACUCCGCUUCACGUAGCCGUUUGCCGUUCGACUGAUUUUAGGGAUAGCUAUGAUGAUGACAAGGACAGUGAGGAUAGUGCAGAAGGGGCUGUGGUCGAAAACUUGUUAUCCAACGGUGCCAAUCAUUCAGCUCGUACUGAUAUUCAAAGAGAGGCUCCAUUGCACUUGGCCGCAAGGCACGGAAACGUGGAAGGGCUGCGAAAACUCCUUGAAGGUGGUGCUGAUGCCAACGUGCGUGAUAUUCAUGGACGAAGUCCGUUGCAUUUGGCAGUAUCGGCAGAUGCUGUUGGAGCAUUAAGCGCAAACGAUAUACUUCUGAUUAAGCACCGAAGUACCAUAAUUGAUGCUCAGAGUUUCGAUGGAAGCACUCCGUUGAUGGAUGCUUGCAGGUUUGAAGUGAAUUCAAUGGUCGAAGAUCUUAUAAACACUGGAGCCAAAGUUAAUAUAACAGAUAAUCAAGGACGAACCGCAUUGCAUUGGGCCGUAUCUGUUGAUAAUGAAAUAGCGACGAUGAUAUUGACAAGGAACGGCACCAAAGUUGACGCUGCAGACAACAAGGGGCAAACUGCGUUAUACCUGGCUGCAAGGGAAGGAAGCUUGAAGUCUGCAAAGAUUCUUCUACUUAAUUUUGCCAACAGAAAUGCAGCAGACAACAUGGAUCAAUCUCCCAUUCAAAUUGCUCGGGAGCGAGGCCACCAUGAUAUUGUCGAGUUAAUAUCUGAUUGGACCAUAGGGGCUAACUCCCCUCCGAAAGUUCCAGGUCCCACUUCACCAGAGUCACAGAAAAGCCCGCAUAUUCACCAUGGCCACCCCACACCGCCGCGAAGUACAACUUCCCCGCCGAACAUGAUCCGACCAAAGAUUAACAAUAUAGCACCAAAGAUCCCAAGAUCUCAUAUACCAAGGUCUCACGCUCAUGCAGCCCACACACAAGCAAACACCCAGGGAUGUGCGCCAACUGUCACCGACAAAUGUCUCAACGGUGGUUCAAGGCGACCACCAAACAAGCGAAAGCGCAAGUCCUGUACCAAGGCUGCUCAGCACCCUCCAAGGGCCAAAAUUAAUGGAUAUGACAUGAAUUUGAAUGGUACAUCAGUAAAUGGGUACGCACCAAAUAUAUCUAUGUCACAUGCAUUAACCACAGCACCUACGCUGUCACCACCACGUGCAGAGGUUCCACCAAAUCGCCUUGUUAAAGUGCCUGUUGAGCGACACUCGGGUCAUGGAAACAGAGGUUCUCUUCCUGAACUUUCGGAAAAAGAUAUAAUGGAGGGCCUGUCGUUGUUUGCAACACAUGGUUGUUUGGAAGACUUUCCGCCUAACUGGGAUAACGAGGAGACUGCCUUAAACCCCCAGGCUCAUCAUCAAAGUGUCCCGAACAUAAAUGGGAACGAUUCUUUAAGCAUAAGUGCUUCACUACCAAACUCGUCCAUAAGGCUUAAUGACGUUAAUAUGCAAAUUGUCUCACACAAUAAUGGUGCUAGACCAAAGUUUCCUCGAAGCAGUGACAACGAUCCAAUGUCUGCAAACCAUUAUCUACACAUGAUGUCAUCAGGUGAUAAUACGUGCGGGACGGAAGCAAUAACGUAUUCACAUGAUAUGCAGUUGCAUAUGUCAAACGAUUUUGAGUAUGGACCCUGUAGAGAUACUCAUUUACAAAGACAAUUGCACCCAGAAGGGGUGUCGUUCUUGCAGCAGUUCCCCACUCCCCCAUCAACGCACUCAAGUGCAUAUGUUUCAUCUCCCGGCAAAAGUAUAUCACCGCAAGACGGUAACGUGGCAGCUAGUUUCUUGACGCCGUCUCCUGAUUCACCCAAGCGCAGUCCAGGGGGCUGGUCCACGUCUCCACAGUCAUCUUCAGAAUCUUCAGUCUGUUAAGUGGUUAGACAGCUAGGCAAUACUGUCUAUAUGCGAGGGGAGCGAACUGCAGACAGUCUCAGUGGGAUCUUGCAGCCAAUGCUUCUGUAUCCAUAUACAAUAGAAGACAUGUGCUGCUGUGCAGCUUAAUGUUGAACGUUUUAAGACGUUCCAAGUUAUUUGUACGAUUUCAUUUUGUUGUGAAUCUCACAAAAAACGAUUGGUCUUAUUGAACUAUUGGAAAGUUGAAGACCAGCCUGCUUUGCAAGUCAGGAUUUCUUCUGAUAUUCACAAGGAGAACAAUUUGAUAUGAGACUGAAUACAAUGUAUAUAGUUAUUUUGUCGUUGCUCAUAUAAUUUGACAUCCAGCUAUGUUAGACAAAGGAGUAGUUCGUCACUGCCAUAACACAGAAGUGUCCAUUUGGUCAGUGAAUUGAAUAUUGCUUUUGAUUGUAGUGCUACAAUGUUCUCACACAAUGCUCCAUUAAAAUGCCUGAUAAUGUGGCCCCAUUCACACUGGCAUCAGGACAGCUGAAUCCGUUUCCCCAAUAUUCUUCUUUCGCUGAAUGUUCAUCAGAGACCACUAAGUGCCUUACAAUGUCAUAAACUGGCAUUUAAGGUUUGAAUAUUCCCAGAUGUCGUCUUGAACGUAAAUUUCGUUCUGUCUUCCUAGAAGACACCAACAUAUUGGUAGCGCCUUGAUUGUAAGUAUAAAAAUAUAAGACAGCGUUCUAGAGAGGAAAUUGCCCUUAGCUGGGAUUAUGCAGAAGUUAUAACUCAGGAAACUGACGACUUCACCAUUACAGGAGCCUGGAAAUAGAGUGACGUAUUAUAAGAAUUUAUUAGGUUUGUGCAUGUAAAUUGUAUAAAGAUAUAUAUCGAGUUUUAUGUUGAUUUAGGACGUUUUGUUGAAGUAGUUCAGUUGAUUUAACUAUAAGACUAUAUCAUAUUAACAUAAAAUCAAUUAAUUUUUAAUAACUCAUGUGCCUCUUCGCUUCAUCGAAGCUUUUUGUAGCUGCAAUUUAUGUUGUAAAUGAUUUGUUGUUUUAGAUUGAAACUUCGCAUGUUUUGAUUCAGACUAAUCAGUUUUUAGAUCAUAAUUAUAUGUAAUCAUUUUUUACCUUUUGAUAACUUAACUGAUUCGCAUUACAUUAAUACCCCAUUCCUAGCAUCUGAGCCACAUUCAAACUUUUCACUUUAUGAUUUUUAAAUACGAUAAAUAUAAUGUAUAUUUUAUGACAACCAGGAACCAACUAGAUUCCUAAUAUUUUUGUGAUGCCUUUCGUAUGUUUCCACAGUUCUACGGGUUAGACUCAUCUGCUUCCUUAUACAAUAAGCUCUACUGUUUUUGUUUAAUUUCGCCAAAUCAAAGCCAUCCACACAAAAUGAAAAAUCUUUACCCGGAGGAGGCAGCUGUGUAACUCAAUAAUUCCAAAAUCAAAUCCAAGUGCUGCUCUUUAUUGUUUCUUUAAGAUGCCUGACAACAGUAGCUUCCAGUUUAAGAUAAAGCAGAAGUUUUCAUUUACUUUUCUGAGGUUUUGUGUAGCAAUAACAGUGAUCUGGAAAUUAUACUUUUCGAUAGCCAUACGGAAUAUACAGACGAAUGCACUCCCGCCCCAGUGUUUUUUUGUACUCCAGUCUAUUGUAUUUCAGUUUUCUUGACGCUUAUGUAAUGUUUCAUAACUGCAGUCAAAUUUAGAAUUAAUUUUGCGUAAAUUUCGUAUUGUAUUUUUGUAGAAAAAUACCAAGGAGCACGAAAAAUGGAAA